GAACAUCACAAUUUUGCUGCCUAGCGCGUGCUGAUUUUGUGCGCGUUGCAUACCUGGCAGCACAGAAACCUAUCGAUAACGAUAAAUCUCAAACAAACUGACAUUGAAUAACUAGAGCUAGCCGCUGUCACUGCCCGGUUUUUGUUUUAAUACAUAUAUAUGUAUAUAUAGGCCCUAACGCAUGGUUUGUCACAUUUACCCAGUUGUAGUUGAUAGUAGAGUAAGUCGAGCAUCAAAUUCAUAAAUUGCAACAACGAAACGCAAGUUUUCCAAACAAAAAAAAACACACACACACAACAACAACAUGCAAACUCUGAUAUUGAUGCUUGCCGCCAAAGCGGUGCCACUUUUGGCGCUCAUUUUUGUGCUCACAUUGCUGGCCUACAAGUGCUACAUAAAUGUGCGCUCACGCUUCGACAUAACGGUCAACUGCUGGUUCUGCAACAAGGACCUGCGCGUGCCGUUCGAGCAGCGCAACAGCUGGACCUGCCCGGAUUGCGAGCAGUACAAUGGCUUCAACAAGGACGGCGACUACAAUCGGGACAUCUUGUCGCAGCGCGACUGCAGCAGCCGCACGGACGCCAACAGCUCGCGGGGCAGCAGCAGCGCCGCCAGAAAUGGCCACUGCGCCAAUGCAUACUAUGCGAAUGGAUUGACGCCGCCGCAGGAGAACGGACUGUGCGCGCAGUGCAAUGAGGCGCAGCGCUUGAAGAUUGAGAAGCUGGCACAGUUUGAGCCGCGGCACGAGUCGCGCUACGACCAGGAGCUCAAGGUGUAUCAGAACGAGCUGGAGCAAAGGUAUAGGCUGUGCGCCAGCUGUGAGCGGCACGUGAACAAGGUGCUGCAUGAGAAAAAGAAAAUGGUGCUCGGCUCCAAGUUUCUCAAUUUCAUAAUGAAGGGCGCCGCCUUGCUGAAGCAGCCGCAUUUCCAGCGUCUCGCCCGCGCCCAGCAGCAACGCCGCCUGGCACGCUAUCGGCGCCUGAUGAAGUGGCUGACAUUGAUCAACAUUGUGUGCCUGGUGUGCAGCCUGCCGACGGCAACGCCCGAACAGUUCAGCUGCAUGCUGGGCAUAUUGGCCAAGCCCUUCUUCUUUGUCUAUUCACAUGCGCUGACCGUGCUGCAUCUGCUGUUCGACUAUGCCGGCGAGUUGCUCACAGAGCAGCCCUUUGCCGCCAAAUUGCUGCUGUUCGCCAACAUUCUGGGCAAGCUGCUGGUCUACUCGGUGGGCAUGAACCAGACGCAGGCCGGCCAGGCGACAUUCAGCGUCUGCUAUACCAGCCUCUAUCCGUAUGCCAUGCUGGGACUCAGUUUCAUAAGCAACUUAAUAUACGGAUUCAAACUGACACGCUACACCGUGCUGCUGCUCCUGUGGAGCAUCUAUGCCAAGGGCUCCUUUCUGCUCGUCGAGGCCAUCGAUGGCGUUACCUAUAUCCUGCUGGGCAGUGUGGCGACAAUGUUGCUGCUGAGCAGCAAGCAAACCGAUAGCCUGGAGCAAAUGUCCGCUGGCGAGAGCUUCCAUCGGCUGUGCGCGGACGAGUGCAUCCACGACGACGAGACCAUCAGCAUGCUGAGCCAGCAACUAAACUGUCAAAAUGCCAGCAAUGCCACCAACAACACCACCGCCAAUCUCUCGCUGCCUGGCUCCGGCUGCAGCAGUCCGCAGCUGCGCUCGCUGGGCGGCGGGCAGGGCAGCAGCCAUACGGUAGUUGGGGCGCCGCCGCCGUCGGUGCUGUCCCUGGAUUCGCUGCGACUGUCCACGCAGCAUACGCCCAUCAAUCGCAUGCUGGCAUCGCCGGCGCCCAUGUAUGCGGCCGGCAGCUUGGACCAGCAGGCCUGGCGCAGCAGCUAUGCCGCCGUGCAGCACACGGAUGCGUUGAAUCUGGGCCAGCCAGGUGCCAAUGGCUGGCAGCGUGCAGUGUAUGCGACGGGCCUGGAGCAGCGGCCGCAGUCAUCGUAUGGCUUUGGCCUCGACCAGCGUCCGAUGACGCGCUCCACCAACAAUUUGCUGUUCCCGCCGCGACUGCAAAUGCAGCAGCAGCAGCGGAAUGGCGACAUCAGCGCCUGGGUGAAUGCUGCCAGCGCCAGUGCGCAUCCGGACUUGCUGCAGGAGCCGAGCACGGCCAAUUUGAUGCACUGCAGCUACAAUCGCGAUCUGUCGCGCACCUCCUCGCAAUCGUCCGGCUUUGAGUCGCAGCUGGGCAACAACAAUCUGGCGGCACGUCCGGAUGUGCCAAUGCCGCAACCGUUUUGGGCACUUCCAGCUGCUCCACAAGAGCUGCAGCAGCAGCAGCUGAAUCCAACGGGUGUCAUGCGCGACUUUGUCUGGCCGGAGCAGCGUCAGUUGCGCGUGCCCCCGGCACCUGGCUCGCCGUACGCCGUCCAGAGUGAACUGGGACGCAGUGCAGCCGCCAAGAGCCAGAACGAUUAUCGUCCGGGCGACUUGCUGCGCAAUUGGAUGGACCGCAACGGAGUCGCCACGCAGAAGACCAAUGGCUGAUUCGGUUUUGAAUUGAUUUCAAUUUAGUUUUCGUUCUAGUUCUAGUUUACGUUUAUUUCGCAUAGUUAAAUUUUAACGGUAUCUUUUCACGGGUUCAAUAAUAAACUUCACAAAACACACACACACGCGCACACACACACACACACGGAAACGAACUAAACAAAUUGAACUAACGCGAGGCUAACGGGACUUAUUAUCCUACAUCGACUCAGGCAUUUAUGACGCUAUAUGAUAUUAUAUAUAAAUUUACUAUAUAGGCUAUUUCUAGGCAUUUAUCUAGAGUAAGAGAUAUCUUUUAAAAAUAUGGUAAAGUUUAUCCCAAAAGGGAAUUUAUAUAUAUAGUUUUAUAUUGAACAUGUUGAGCAGCUAUUAUCGCGUAUUUUUCAAAGAUAUCUUUACGAACUAUGAAUAUAUAUGCCAUUAUGUAGAAGGCGAAAGUAGUUAGCUAUUUAUUGUAGUCAGGACAUUGUUAAACUUUAGAGAUAUAUAUGUAACUAGAUUUGAAUGAAUUUUUGAAUGACAU